CGGAAAACUCAACAUCACCACCAUCUCCGGCGCCAUACUCCUCCCUCCGAUCAUCUCAAAUCUUCGAACAAAUGGAUAAUUCUACACAAGAUUCCCCUCUCAGAUCCGAAACCUCAGUAACCUACGAAUCCCCUUACACUCUCUACGCAAUGGCCAUCUCCUCCGCCGCCGCCACACACCGAUCAUCCCACCGCCGGAUCGCUCUCGGCAGCUUCAUUGAAGAAUACACAAAUCGAGUCGAUAUCGUCACUUUCGACGAAGAAACCCUUUCCGUGAAAUCAAACCCUAGUCUCUCCUUCGAUCAUCCUUAUCCUCCCACAAAAUUAAUGUUCCACCCUAACCCUAAAUCCUCCGCCGACAUCCUAGCUUCCUCCGGCGACUUCCUCCGCCUCUGGGGACUCCGAGAGAACUCAAUUGAACCAAUCUCGGUGCUCAAUAACAGCAAAGCCAGCGAAUUUUGUGCGCCAUUGACGUCAUUCGAUUGGAACGAAGUUGAACCGAAGAGAAUUGGGACUUCUUCAAUCGAUACAACGUGUACGAUUUGGGACGUUGAAAGAGGCGUGGUUGAAACUCAAUUGAUCGCUCAUGAUAAGGAGGUUCAUGACAUCGCUUGGGGGGAAGCCGGCGUGUUUGCAUCAGUUUCUGCAGAUGGAUCCGUUAGGGUUUUUGAUCUUCGUGAUAAAGAACAUUCAACCAUAAUCUACGAAAGCCCACAGCCUGAUACGCCAUUGUUGAGAUUAGCUUGGAACAAACAGGAUUUGAGGUACAUGGCCACGAUCUUAAUGGACAGUAACAAGAUUGUGAUUCUCGAUAUCCGAUCUCCGACGAUGCCGGUGGCAGAAUUGGAGAGACAUAAAGGUAGUGUUAAUGCAAUUGCUUGGGCUCCGGCGAGUUCCCGCCAUAUCUGUUCAGCCGGAGAUGAUUCUCAAGCACUGAUUUGGGAGUUGCCUCCUGUGGCUGGUCCAAUGGGGAUCGAUCCAAUUUCGAUGUAUUCAGCUGGUUCGGAGAUUAAUCAGCUCCAAUGGUCUGCAGCACAACCCGAUUGGAUCGCCAUUGCUUUCUCUAACAAGAUUCAGCUUUUGAAAGUUUAAGGUACCAAGAGAUCUUUUCUAGUUUCUAUAUCUGUUCGAUUAUACAUCUUUCAAGAAUUUGAUUUACAUUAGGUUCUACACAUGUAUGUAUAUAUCAGUAUCAAGAUGUUCUUGAAUUUGUUUAGAUUCAUAAUUAGUGUUUUGGGUUUUCUGUUCAUGUGAUCUUUUGAUGAUUUCUUUUUAUGGGUUCUAUUUGGAGUAUGUUUUAGCUG